AUGGUUCAGGAAAAUCAAGCUAGCCCCAAUGGGGUGGUGGAUCAGCAUUUGUUUAGGCCGUUCUUGGAUCGGGACUUUCCAGAGCUGAAGAACAUCAAGGAGUUCAAGCUGGAGUCAGUAGGCGGAAAGGGUGAGAACUAUACCACCUGCCUGCUAAGGGCCAAGUUUGAACUGGAACUGAAUGAUGGCUCUCAUCGGAGCAUUUCAUACAUGGCGAAAACAUUGCCGCCAACCAGACGGGAACAGGUCUCCUCCUGGAACGUCUUCCACAAAGAACACACCACCUACAGGGACUAUGUUUCGGAUUUCGAAGAAAUGUUUAAAGAUGCAGGAAAGGAUGUUACCUUUGCGGCAAAAUACUACCCUACAAAUGACAAACUGGAGGAAGAACUAUUGAUAUUGGAGGACUUGGGACAGCGGGGAUUCCGUAACGCAAACCGUAUUGCUGGCUUGGACCUCACCCACACGAAGGCCAUUCUGGAGAAGUUGGCCCAAUUCCAUGCAGCCUCUGCUGUGAGGUUCGAACUCAAAGGAGCUUAUCCCGCUGACUUUGAUAGAAAUAUCUGCAGUAAGACGGACGACUUUAAGGAUUUUCGGGAAUCCCAAGCAAAGGCUUUUGUAGAGGCGCUGCCUCUCUACGAGUCUGCUGAUUUAAAGGGUGCUGUGGAAUCCUAUGCCAGCCAGGCGGAGGACAUGUUCCAGGCCUAUGCCCCCCGCACUGAAGGAGAGUUUUCUGUUUUGAAUCAUGGGGAUGCCUGGUGCAAUAACUACAUGUUCCAGUACGACGAGGCAGGACAGCUUAAGGAAACCUACUUUGUGGACCUGCAAAUGUGUCGCUAUAGCUCACCUGCCCAGGACCUGCUCUACUUCAUACUGUCCUCCACCGAUAUCGAAAUCAAGAUUGCCAAGUUCGACUACUUGGUGAAGUUUUAUCAUGGAAAGCUCACGGAGAAUCUGCAGCUCCUGAAGUAUCCCAAGAAGCUGCCUUCCCUGCGAAGCCUUCACCAGUCUAUCUUUAAACAUGCAGAUUGGGUUUUCCCAAUAGUUACUGUUUUACUUCCGAUUGUUGUGCUGGAGGGAAGUGACGAUGCCAACAUGGACACCAUGAUGGACAACGAGGGUGCCGGAGACAAAUUCAGGAACAACAUGUUCCAAAAUUCCCGCAUCAUAAAACAUCAGAAGGAGAUUCUACCCUGGGCCUACAAUCGCGGAGCAUUUGAAGUCCGCAAAUAGUUUAUAUUAUAUUUAAACAAACUGCUGAGAUAAUACUACUGUGCCAAAUACACUAAAGCCUUAGACAAUA